UUCCGGUGUUUUACUAAUAAUCAGAGUAUCGAUCCUCAGCCUGGACUCAGCUCCACAUGGAUUAACGUGUUUCUGACGGACUGACCGACUCUCACCGGUUUCUACUCACGGCGGCGUGACCUUUGACCCCGGCACCAUGAGCUCCAGGCUGUGCAGGACCUGCGGCGGGUCGGACAUCGAUGUGGACCAGGCCCGGGGCAGCGCCGUGUGCACCAGCUGCGGCUCGGUUCUGGAGGACAACAUCAUCGUCUCUGAGGUCCAGUUCGUGGAAGGAAGUGGAGGCGUGUCGUCCGCCGUGGGACAGUUCGUCUCCGCUGACGGUCCGGUGAAGGCCCCCCUCCUCGGGUCUGGGUUUCACACCAGCGUUGGAAAAGAGUCGAGAGCCCAGACGCUGCAGAGCGGGAAGCGUCAGAUCCAUCACCUGGGCAGUCAGCUCCAGUUGAACCAGCAUUGUCUGGAUACGGCGUUUAACUUCUUUAAGAUGGUCGUCAGCAAACAUCUGACCCGCGGUCGGAAGAUGGAGCACGUCAUCGCCGCCUGCCUCUACCUGGUCUGCCGCACCGAGGGAACGCCACACAUGUUGCUGGACCUGAGCGACCUGCUGCAGGUGAACGUGUACAUCUUGGGGAAGACGUUCUUGCUGUUGGCUCGUGAACUCUGCAUCAACGCUCCGGCCAUCGACCCGUGCCUCCUCAUCCCUCGCUUUGCUCACAUGUUGGAGUUUGGAGUUCAGACUCAUGAAGUUUCUAUGACGGCUCUUCGUUUGGUUCAGAGGAUGAAAAGAGACUGGAUGCACACGGGGAGGAGACCCUCUGGCCUCUGUGGAGCAGCCCUCCUGGUAGCAGCGAGGAUGCAUAAGUUUCGUCGUACAGUGAAGGACGUGAUCGGUGUGGUGAAAGUUUGUCAGGCGACUCUGAGGAAGAGGUUGACAGAGUUCGAGGACACGCCCACCAGUCAGCUGACCAUCGAUGAGUUCAUGAGAGUGGAUCUAGAGCAGGAAUGUGAUCCCCCGUCCUUCACAGCCAAUCAGCACAAGACCAGGAUGAUCCAGCUGGAACAAGAGCUGAGCAGGAAGCUGAACGAGGUCGAAGGGGAGAUCAGCUGUUAUCAGGAUGAGAUCGAGACGGAGCUGGAGAAGAGCCGACCCAAGCUGAGAGGAAUCUACGCUGCGUACACCAAAGAAAUCGACCCUCAGGACGAGGAGUGCGUGACCUCUGAACCCGACGAGGUGGAGGUGGAAGACGACGAGCUCCAGGCCGCCACCGAACACCUGACUCAAGACUUCCUGUGUCAUGUAAUCCAGGAGGAGGAGGCGCGAGGCAAAAAGACUGACGAUGUCGUCGGUGAGAAGGAGGCGCAGCCGGAGGGGGAGGGGCCUCCUCGCCAGCCCCCCCCCCUGGCUGUCAUUCUGGGGACGUUGCCCAGGGCAACCAGCCUGGGCCUCCAGCAGAACCUCAGCACCUUCAGCAAGCUAGAAACAGACGGCCAAGACGAUGAGCCGUCUGAGAGCGGAGAUCUGGAUCUGGACGGCAUCGAUGAUCAGGAGAUCGAGAAGUACAUCCUGAACGACACCGAGGUUCAGCUGAAGACGGAGCUGUGGAUGCAACAGAACCAGGAAUACCUGAAGGAGCAGAGCGAGAAAGAAGAACGGAUCAGAAAAGAGAAGGAACGAGGAACGUAUAAAGAGAAGCCCAAGAAGUCAAAGAAGAAGAAGGAGCUGAUGGAAGCGUCCACAGCCAGCGAGGCCAUCGAGAAGAUGUUGGAGAAGAAGAAGAUCUCCAGUAAGAUCAACUACGAGGUCCUCAGAGACCUGAACAGCCGGGGGACAGGAAGUGGGGGGGGCAGCAGUCCCCCCUCCGACCCCCCCGACUGCGCCACACAAAAACCACUCAGUCGCCGCCGCCGCAAGAAGACCAGCAGCAGCAACCUGGAGCUAGCUAACACUGCUAGCAUGAUGGGAAAGAGGCUCCGCCCCCUCCUGUCCUCCACAUCAAAGAAGAAGAAACAUGGGUCCCAGGCAGAAACUGCUGUUACCAUGACAACCAAUAGCACAGCAGAGGUCACCGCUGAGCCGACCUCUGACCCCGAGCCACUUCCUGAAACGGAGCACCGUCCUGCUCCAGUGGAGGAGGAAGAGGAAGAGGAAGAGGAGCAGGAAGUGGAGGAGGAAGUGGAGGAGGAGUGUGUGAGCGCUCUGCAGCUAGUAGGAGACUACGGCUGUGAUGCAGAAGAGGAGGAAGUCUUCUAAAUCCGUCCUGAUGACCUUUGACCCCAGGCAGCUCCACAGAGACUCGUCAGAGUGAUCAGUGAUCAAUGAAAGUCGAUCUGAUGAUCGAUCGGUAGAAGCAUCGCUGCACUGAACAUUUAGAUGCUUCUUAUUUUCAUUUGGAUGAAAGUUUGAAAUCAUUUGGAUCAUAUUAGAUAUUGAUCUCUGAUCGUUAGUAGAUA